AAGGAAAGAGAGAUUUCCUUCCAUCCACAAGACAGAAAUUUUCAUGUUUCAAAGAAAACAGGUAGAGAGAGAAAGAGGGUUGCAUCAAAGAAAUUGAAGCUUUAAAUACGAGUUGGUUGAUUUGCUCUCGAUUCCAUCUCUUAAGCACGAAGCAUACCCUUUCUCUUCUCUUUGUUGUUCUUUAUAUAUAUAAGCUUCUUCUUAAACCCCGUUCUUUGUAGAUCAUCAAAACCUUUUCAUUACCGGUUCUCAUUUGAGACCGUACCAGAACCCGAAGAGGAAACAAGGAAAAAAGAUGGAUUAUUAUCACUACCCAUCUCGUUUUUCUUUGUCUUCAUUGUCUUUGUUUGGAGAUUUCGUGGAAAAGGUUAAAGAUUUUUUCAAUUUUGCCGUUUCUGCCAUCAUUGGGAACAUUUUCUCUGCGAUCUUAACCUUCUUCUUUGCAUUAGUGGGCACCUUCUUAGGGGCCAUGACUGGGGCUUUGAUAGGACAAGAGACGGAGAGUGGGUUUGUUCGAGGGGCUGCAGUUGGGGCCAUAUCUGGGGCAGUUUUCUCAAUCGAAGUCUUUGAAUCUUCUCUUGUUCUUUGGCAAUCGGACGAAUCCGGGAUCGGAUGUUUGCUUUACUUGAUUGACGUCAUUGCAAGCCUCCUUAGUGGGAGGCUUGUUCGUGAACGAAUUGGUCCAGCAAUGCUGAGUGCAGUCCAAAGUCAGAUGGGAGCUGCUGAAACAACUUUUGAGGAGGUCCAGAACAUCUUUGACACCGGUGGUGCUAAAGGAUUGGCUGGUGAUUUGGUUGAAAAAAUCCCAAAGAUCAUAAUCACAAACAAUAACAAUGUAGAUGCUUCUGGGGAAAAAGUUUCCUGUUCAGUUUGCCUUCAGGACUUUCAGCUUGGAGAAACAAUCAGGAGCUUGCCACAGUGCCAUCACAUGUUCCACCUGCCUUGCAUUGAUAAGUGGCUUCUUAGGCAUGGUUCUUGUCCAUUGUGCAGAAGGGAUCUGUAAUUUUAUUUUAUUUUUGUAAAUUAUACAAUUAGAAAAAGGUCUUUGUAUUUUAUUUAUACUGCCCUUUCUUGCCAGGGCUUGUUCAUUUGUUCAUCUAAUGCUUGCCUACUCUGCCUCUCUGGGUUGUCUACCUACAUCAUCGUGCAGGAUUGAACAUUGUACUCGAUUAGCCCUAUGUAUAAAGUUUUUGAUUUAUAGUUCUGAAA